AUGGCCCCCAUCACCAAGGAGACCGAUUUCCUCGUCAUCGGCGGCGGCAGCGGCGGUCUGGCCUCAGCGCGCAAGGCCAGCGGACAGUUUGGCGCAAAAGCCCUCAUCGUCGAAGGCGCGCGGCUGGGAGGAACCUGCGUGAACGUAGGCUGCGUCCCGAAGAAGGUCACCUUCAACGCUGCUGCCAUCGCGGAGACGAUCCACCAGGCAAAGUCCUACGGCUUCUCCGUCACCGAGACGGCCCCCUUCGACUGGCCCACCUUCAAAACGAAGCGUGACGCUUACAUCAAGCGCCUCAACGGCAUCUACGAACGUAACCUCAAUAACGAUAAGGUCGAGUACCUCCACGGCUGGGCUAAGCUCACCUCGCGCAACGAGGCCGAGGUCACUCUCGACGACGGCACCAAGGCUCUCGUGAAGGCCAAGAAGAUCCUCAUCGCCGUCGGCGGCAACCCCACCAUCCCGCCCACCAUCCCCGGAUCCGAGCUCGGCACCAACUCGGAUGGCUUCUUCGACAUCGACAAGCAGCCCAAGAAGGUCGCUCUCGUCGGCGCUGGCUACAUCGCCGUUGAAUUCGCAGGGAUGUUCAACGCCCUGGGCACAGAGACCCACCUCUUUAUCCGCCACGACACCUUCCUGCGCAACUUUGACCCCAUGAUCCAGGAGACCGUCACCAAGGAGUACGAGCGCCUGGGUGUCAACCUGCACAAGCGCUCGCAGCCCACAAAGGUCGAGAAGGACGCCGAGGGCAAGCUCACCAUCUUCUACAAGGACGCCGAGGGUAAGGAGACGUCCGAGGGCGGCUUCGACCACCUCAUCUGGGCCAUUGGCCGCACGCCGGCGACAAAGGGCAUUGGUCUCGAGGAGAUUGGCCUGAAGCUGAACGAGAAGGGUUACAUCCCCGUCGAUCAGUACCAAAACACCAACCUGGACAACAUUUACGCCCUUGGUGACGUAACCGGUCAGGUCGAGCUGACCCCUGUGGCCAUUGCCGCCGGCCGUCGUUUGGCCGAGCGUCUGUUUGGUGGCCCUGAGUACUCCACGGCCCACCUCGACUACUCAAACAUCCCCUCCGUCGUCUUUUCCCACCCCGAGGUCGGCAGCAUCGGUCUCACGGAGCCCCAGGCCAUCGAGAAGUACGGCAAGGAUAAGAUCAAGGUCUACAAGUCCAACUUCACCGCCAUGUACUAUGCCAUGAUGGAGCCCGAGGAGAAGGCGCCCACCGCCUACAAGCUUGUCGUCGCGGGCCCCGAAGAAAAGGUUGUUGGUCUUCACAUUGCCGGCCUCGGCAGCGGAGAGAUGCUCCAGGGCUUCGGUGUCGCCGUCAAGAUGGGCGCCACGAAGAAGGACUUUGACAGCUGCGUUGCCAUCCACCCGACCAGCGCUGAAGAGCUGGUGACCCUGAAAUAA